AUGAACAAAUUAUUAUCUAAUUGUUUAUUUAUAAUAUCUAAUUUAUUAUUCACUAUAACUAUACUAAUAAAUUUUUAUAUUUCAUAUCCAAAUUUUUCAAGAUUGAGAAUACUUAUAGCAUUAUUUUCAAUAUUAUCAUUAAAUACGUUAUAUUAUAGAAAUAAAUUGAAUAUUAAGCAUAGUAUAGUCUUUAUUCUAACUAAUAUUUUAUUCAUCAUUUAUUUGUUUUUUGAUUAUGAAGAAAUUAAACCAAUUUCGGUGCUCCAAUAUACUAAUUUCACAUUUGAAAUAUUGAGUGUUGUGAUCUUAGAUACUAUUAUAAUCUACCAGAGUAGAUCACGAGUCUUUUUGUACCACGAAAGAGUCAAUAUCAACCAUCAACCUGAUUGGUAUGUCAAAAACCAACCAUUAGUAUACUAUGGUAAUGCAAUUGAGACCGAGGAGGAGGAGCAGGAGGAGGAGGAAGAAGAUGAAGACGAGGAGGAAGAGAGUAUAAAUGAAGCUGAGACUAUCUUUUCUGAUGAUUAUAAUUUAUCACAAUCUAGAGGUCGCUCAUUGAUUAAAAAUGAAAAUAGCAUGUUGUUGAAUGAUUCCAAUGUUCAUAAUUAUUAUUUAACCACACCUCCUCCAAAUCAUUAUAUUAGUUCAAAUCAACAAACUCCAAUGCCUAAAAGUAUAAACACAUUUGAAUCACCAAGUACUAGUUUAAUUCCAUGCGUAAUUGGUAAAAUAUCAAGUGUCAAUAAAAAAUUAGUAGAAGGGACAAAAAUUCCAUUUCUGCCAAUUGAUUUCCUAACUGAUGAUUUCUACAAUGAUCAAAAGAGUAAAGAAUAG